AAAAAAAAAAGAGAUAAAAUAGCACUCAUUUGGAUAAGGAAAAUAUUAAGACAUUGAUAAACUAACUAUAAACACGGAACCAGAACCACCAAUCUCCAAAUUCCAAUGGCCACCCUAUCCUCUACUCCAUCCAUCUUCUCAUCCUCCUCCACCGCCAAAACCCCGCAUCCGAAGCCCCCACAACCUACUUCACCAUUCUUCUUCCCCAAACCACUGCCCACGGCUCUAACCAUAGCCUUAGCCACCAGCACACUCCUAACUUCCCCUCCCUCCAUUGCCUCCCAACCCUCAACAUACUACCUCUACUACGGAACCGCCGCCAGCGCCGCCAACUAUGGGGGUUAUGGGGGCAACUCCGACAAAAAAGCAUCGGCUGAAUACGUCUACGAUGUCCCUGAUGGCUGGAAAGAGCGUUUAGUUUCCAAAGUCGAAAAGGGCACCAACGGGACCGACAGCGAGUUCUACAAUCCGAAGAAAAGACAAGAGAAAGAGUACUUAACAUUCUUGGCUGGGUUCGGACAGUUAGCUCCACAAGAUGUGGUUUUGAACAACUUAGCUUUAUCUGACGUGGAGUUGCAGGAUUUGAUUGCUGGGGCAGACAGCUUGGUCUCCGAGGAGAAGAAAGACGAAAAUGGACAGGUUUAUUAUGUAUACGAGAUCGAUGGAAUUGGCAAGCAUAGUUUGAUAGCGGUGACUUGUGCAAAGAACAAGCUUUAUGCUCAUUUUGUUAAUGCACCAGCGCCUGAGUGGAAACGCGACGAGGACACCUUAAGGCACAUUCAUCAGUCCUUUAAGACUGUUGGACCAUUUUGAGGUUUUUUCUUUCUUUUUUUUUUCCUCGGAGGAAUUAAUGUUUAAUAAUAUUGUAAUUAAAGUAGAUCAUCAAGGCAUUGUUUCGUAUCUGUUAGAUCAUCAAGGCAUUGUUUCGUAUCUGUUAAUCUUAUGUAAUAGUGCAACUCCUUUAAUUACCUGUUACUCCAUCUUCAUUUUGCAUUGCAACCA